GCGAGGCAGGCUUCGCGGUGCGAGCUAGGCCCGGGUGGUGUUUGCUGAGGUUUCCUCGGGUUGGAAGCGCGCUCUGGGGAUUUUGGGUCGUUAUUUGCAACGUGUUAAGCAUGUGACCUCGGGGUGACAGUUCCCGAAGUUUUCGUUGGAUGGAGUCCCUGGUGGAACCUGAUCCGUUCGGCGGGGAUGGAUUGCCGGAGGGUCUGGCCGGGAGAUUCCUGCAGGAGGAGCUGGAUCUGAACGCCAGGCUGAAGGGGAUAGAAUUCCCGGCUCCCGUCAGCUACAUCUACAAUCCCCUGGAGUACGCCUGGGAACCGCACCGCGCCUACGUGGAGCGUUACUGCUGCUCCCCCAAGGAGGUGCUGAUCCUGGGAAUGAAUCCCGGACCCUUCGGCAUGGUGCAGACCGGGGUUCCGUUCGGGGAGCUGGAGAGCGUCCGGGACUGGCUGGGCCUGGGUCCUGAGCUGGCUUCCGUCUCGCGCCCCCCUCGGGAGCACCCCCGGCGGCCGGUGCUGGGUCUGGGCUGCGCCCGCUCGGAGGUGAGCGGCGCCCGCUUCUGGGGCCUGUUCCGGUCGCUGUGCGGGCCCCCGGGACCCGCCUCGCUCUUCCGCCACUGCUUCGUCCACAACCUCUGCCCGCUGGCCUUCCUGGGCCCCUCCGGCCGCAACCUGACCCCGGCCGAGCUGCCGGCGGGGCCCCGGGAGGAGCUGCUGGAGUGCUGCGGUGACUCCCUGGCCAGGGCGGCCCAGCUGCUGGGGGUCAGCACCGUGCUCGCCGUCGGCCGGCUGGCCGAGCAGAGGGCCCGGCGGGCGCUGGCCGGGUCGGGGGCCCCCAUCCGGGUGGCGGUCCUCCCCCACCCCUCGCCCCGCAACGCCAGAGCCAACCGGGGAUGGCAGGAAGUGGCCACCACCGUGCUGCGGGAGCUGGGGAUCGCCCAGCUGCUGGAGAUCCCUGCCGACCCCUGACCUCCUGCUGACCCCUGACCCCCGGUGACCCCUGCCCCCUCCCACAGCCCGGUGCCCUGCUGACCCCUGACCCCCCCGGCGACCCCUGCCCCCACCCACAGUCCGGUGCCCUGCUGACCCCUGACCCCCCCGGCGACCCCUGCGCCUACCCGCAGCCCGGUGUCCUGCUGACCCCUGACCCAGCGGCGACCCCUGCCCCCACCCGCAGUCCUGCUGACCCCUCCGGCGACCCCUGACCCCUCCCACAGCCCGGUACCCUGCUGACCCCUGACCCCCCAGCGACCCCUGCCCCCACCCACAGCCCGAUGCCCUGCUGACCCUCAGCCUGGUGUCGUGCUGACCCCUGACCCCACCUGACCCCUGCUGAAUCCCCCCCCAAACCCCUGGCUGGAUCCUGUUCUCCUCCUGACCUUUGACCUCAUCCCCAAACUGAAACCUGUCCUCCUGCCGACCUCCGACCCCAUGCCCAAACUGAACCCUGUUCUCCUCCUGACCCCGCUGGCCUUUGACCCCAGCCCCCACUGACCAUCGACCGUGACCCCCGGCUGAACCCUGACCACCCUCUGUCUUCCUCCUCCCCGCCCGACAACCUCUGCCCCCCCCCCACAGAGCCCCUUGAGACCUCCUGACCCCCGUUGACCUGUGACCCCUGCCCCAGUCGCUGUCGACCUUUAACCCCAGUCCUCCCUCUGACCCUGACCCACUGACUGCCCACCACUUCCCCCCAAAAAAACACUGAUCCAAAACUGCCCCACUCUGCAACUCCCACCCCCACCUCCACUCCCCUUCCCCUGCUUCCCACCUCCCCCACCCCCCCCCUCCACCCCCUCCCACUCUCGGGCAGCGGGUCCCAGGAUCGCAAUAACUCCCACCACCGCCCCGUCGUCGAAACUAAUUCUCCUCCUCACCUCACCCCCUCCCCACCAGCAACCCCCCGCGAACCUCAGGUUCUUUACCUGAUUCCCAUUUAUCAGUGACCACACCGCUCCUCCCCUCCCCCCCCCCCACCCCCCCCCCCACCCCCCGCCCAUGUUCUCUGUGGUGACCAACACUCGCUUGGAAAUAGUUUCCCACCUCCCGGGUGCUCAAUGAAAGGUCCUUGUGACUGACACUAAACUAAAUAACAAUGCAGAAAGGCAGGUGUGUGUGUGUGUGUGUGUUUGUGUGUCUCUGUAUCCACGUGUAUAGUAUCUGUGUGUGUGCGCAUGUGUAUCCGCGUGUAUUGUAUCUGUGUGUGUGCGCGCUUGUGUAUCCGCGUGAAUUGUAUCUGUGUGUGUGUGCGUCUGUAUCCGCGUGUAUUGUGUGUGUGUGUGUGUGCGCGCGCGCAUGUGUAUCCGCGUGUAUUGUAUCUGUGUGUGUGUGCGCGCAUGUGUAUCCGCGUGUAUUGUAUCUGUGUGUGUGUGCGCGCAUGUGUAUCCGCGUGUAUUGUAUCUGUGUGUGUGCGCGCUUGUGUAUCCGCGUGUAUUGUAUCUGUGUGUGUGUGUGCGCGCUUGUGUAUCCGCGUGUAUUGUAUCUGUGUGUGUGCGCGCUUGUGUAUCCGCGUGUAUUGUAUCUGUGUGUGUGUGUGCGCGCUUGUGUAUCCGCGUGUAUUGUAUCUGUGUGUGUGCGCGCUUGUGUAUCCGCGUGUAUUGUAUCUGUGUGUGUGUGUGCGCGCUUGUGUAUCCGCGUGUAUUGUAUCUGUGUGUGUGUGCGCGUGUGUAUCCGCGUGUAUUGUAUCUAUCUGUGUGCGUGUCUGUAUCUGCGUGUAUUGUAUGUGUGUAUGUGCGUCUGUAUCCGCGUGUAUUGUGUGUGUGUGCGCGCGUGUGUAUCCGCGUGUAUUGUAUCUGUGUGUGUGUGUGCGCGCUUGUGUAUCCGCGUGUAUUGUAUCUGUGUGUGUGCGCGCUUGUGUAUCCGCGUGUAUUGUAUCUGUGUGUGUGUGUGCGCGCUUGUGUAUCCGCGUGUAUUGUAUCUGUGUGUGUGUGUGCGCGUGUGUAUCCGCGUGUAUUGUAUCUAUCUGUGUGCGUGUCUGUAUCUGCGUGUAUUGUAUGUGUGUAUGUGCGUCUGUAUCCGCGUGUAUUGUGUGUGUGUGCGCGCGUGUGUAUCCGCGUGUAUUGUAUCUGUGUGUGUGUGUGCGCGCUUGUGUAUCCGCGUGUAUUGUAUCUGUGUGUGUGCGCGCUUGUGUAUCCGCGUGUAUUGUAUCUGUGUGUGUGUGUGCGCGCUUGUGUAUCCGCGUGUAUUGUAUCUGUGUGUGUGCGCGCUUGUGUAUCCGCGUGUAUUGUAUCUGUGUGUGUGUGUGCGCGCUUGUGUAUCCGCGUGUAUUGUAUCUGUGUGUGUGUGUGCGCGCUUGUGUAUCCGCGUGUAUUGUAUCUGUGUGUGUGUGUGCGCGUGUGUAUCCGCGUGUAUUGUAUCUGUGUGUGUGUGUGCGCGUGUGUAUCCGCGUGUAUUGUAUCUAUCUGUGUGCGUGUCUGUAUCUGCGUGUAUUGUAUGUGUGUGUGUGCGUCUGUAUCCGCGUGUAUUGUGUGUGUGUGCGCGCGUGUGUAUCCGCGUGUAUUGUAUCUGUGUGUGUGUAUGCGCGUGUGUAUCCGCGUGUAUUGUAUAUGUGCGUGUGUGCGCGUGUGUAUCCGCGUGUAUUGUAUCUGUGUGUGCGCGCGUGUGUAUCCGCGUGUAUUGUAUCUAUCUGUGUGCGCGUGUGUAUCCGCGUGUAUUGUAUCUGUGUGUGCGCGCGUGUGUAUCCGCGUGUAUUGUAUCUAUCUGUGUGCGCGUCUGUAUCUGCGUGUAUUGUAUCUGUGUGUGUGUGCGUCUGUAUCCGCGUGUAUUGUGUGUGUGUGUGUGUGUGCGCGUGUGUAUCCGCGUGUAUUGUGUGUGUGUGUGCGCGCGUGUGUAUCCGCGUGUAUUGUGUGUGUGCGCGUGUGUAUCCACGUGUAUUGUGUGUGUGUGUGUGUGUGUGUGUGUGCGCGUGUGUAUCCGCGUGUAUUGUGUGUGUGCGCGCGUGUGUAUCCGCGUGUAUUGUGUGUGUGUGUGCGCGUGUGUAUCCGCGUGUAUUGUAUCUGUGUGUGUGCGCGUGUGUAUCCACGUGUAUUGUAUCUAUCUGUGUGCGCGUCUGUAUCUAUGUGUGUGUGCGUGUGUAUCUGUGUGCGUCUCUGUGCCUGCCUGUGUGCCCAUGUCUCCGUCUGUGCAUAUCUCUCCCCUGUAUGUGUGUAUCUCUGUAUUUGUGUGUGUGUGCGCGCGCACGUGUGUGUACAUGUGCGUGUCUCAGUCUCUGUGCACAUCUCUCUCCCUGUGUGUGAAAGCACGCGUGUGAGCACGUGUCUGUGUGUGCAUAUCUCUCUUUCCAUGUGUGUGUGUGUCUGUGUGUGUAUGUAUGCGCACAUCUGUGUGUCAGUCUCUGCGCAUAUCUCUCUCCCUGUGUGUGUGUGCGUGCGUGUGUGUGUGUGUGUGUGCUCGCGCACGCGUGUCUCUGUGUCUGUGUGCAUCCUGCCCGUCGAUAAGCUAUCCUCCUGAUAUUAAGCUGAGGGGAUCUGGGAGCAAGGGCAGUCCAUUCUGCCCAUCGAGCUCGCUGUACUUACCUUCCCCAAUCCCUACAACCCCUCGAUCCUUUGCUGAUUGUAAAAACUUUGUCCUUCAUCUUCCACUCAGCCUCUGGUGUUGGGGGAGGGACUGGAUUCAGCUGAUUCACUGUAUUGGUAGCCUCCCCUCAGGAAGAGCUCAUACCCCCCUCAUCUCCAAGUUUUAUAUAAACUCUGCCACGCCAACCCCCCAUUUCCGACCUCUCUCAGAUGGGAGGGAGUUGAGAGAGAGAGAAAGAAUACAAUAUCGAUGCUCCUGCAAGAGGGUGAGGGAACAGAUGUUGCUCUGAAGUAGGUCUCACUACAAGCAUGUCAGAUUUCAACGUAUGUCCAAUUACUUUUCAGCCUUAGAAAUUUCACCUGGAUAAGCUUAUUCCUUACGAAACACUUUACUCUGCCUCUCCCUCUCCCUGCAGUGUUUGAUGGGACGAUGGAGAGGGAGCUUUACUCUGUAUCUAACCCCGUGCUGUCCCUUUCCUGGCAGUGUUUGAUGGGGGUGACAGUGUAGAGUGAGCUUUACUCAAUAUCUAACCCCGUGCUGCCCCUGUCUCUGGGAUGGGGGGGGACAGUGUAGAGGGAGCUUUACUGUGUAUCUAACCCCGUGCUGUCCCUUUCCUGGCAGUGUUUGAUGGGGGGGACAGUGUAGAGUGAGCUUUACUCAAUAUCUAACCCCGUGCUGCCCCUGUCUCUGGGAUGGGGGGGGGACAGUGUAGAGGGAGCUUUACUGUGUAUCUAACCCCGUGCUGUCCCUUUCCUGGCAGUGUUUGAUGGGGGGGACAGUGUAGAGUGAGCUUUACCCUGGAUCUAACCCCGUGCUGCCCCUGUCCCUGGGAUAGGGGUGACAGUGUAGAGUGAGCUUUACCCUGUAUCUAACCCCGUGCUGUCCCUGUCCCUGGGAGUGUUUGAUGGGGGGACAGUGUAGAGGGAGCUUUACUCAAUAUCUAACCCCGUGCUGCCCCUGUCCCUGGGAUGGGGGUAACAGUGUAGAGUGAGCUUUACCCUAUAUCUAACCCCAUGCUGCCCCUGUCUCUGGGAUGGGGGGGACAGUGUAGAGGGAGCUUUACCCUGUAUCUAACCCCGUGCUGUCCCUGUCCCUGGGAGUGUUUGAUGGGGGACAGUGUAGAGGGAGCUUUACUCUGUAUCUAACCCCGUGCUGCCCCUGUCUCUGGGAUGGGGGUAACAGUGUAGAGUGAGCUUUACCCUAUAUCUAACCCCAUGCUGCCCCUGUCUCUGGGAUGGGGGACAGUGUAGAGGGAGCUUUACUCUGUAUCUAACCCCAUGCUGCCCCUGUCCCUGGGAGUGUUUGAUGGGGACAGUGUAGAGUGAGCUUUACCCUGUAUCUAACCCCAUGCUGCCCCUGUCCCUGGGAGUUUUUGAUGGGGACAGUGUAGAGUGAGCUGUACCAUGUAUCUAACCCCAUGCUGCCCCUGUCCCUGGGAGUGUUUGAUGGGGGACAGUGUAGAGGGAGCUUUACCCUGUAUCUAACCCCGUGCUGUCCCUGUCCUGGGAGUUUUUGAUGGGGACAGUGUAGAGUGAGCUUUACCCUGUAUCUAACCCCGUGCUGCCCCUGUCCCUGGGAGUGUGAGAUGGGGGACAGUGUAGAGUGAGCUUUACCCUGUAUCUAACCCUGUGCUGUCCCUGUCCCUGGGAGUGUUUGACAGGGACAGCCAUGGGAACCCUACUUGGGGGAGAAAUGAUCAGACUAACGUCCGCGUACUCCAUGUCUGUGAGAACCUCUCUGUCAGAUCCAACUGCCUGGCUCUGUUUUCUUACCUUCUGGGAGAGAGGGAGAGGGAGUGUGUACCCCCCCCCCCCCCCAGAAUACAAUCAUGUACAGAUUUUAAAAAAAAUAAUAAACGCACAGUCUUGCCUGAAAA